AUGUCCAGAACUGAAAAAAGACCAUAUAAUUUGCUUGUAGCUGCAACUGGAAGUGUAGCCGCUUUAAAAAUACCAGAGUUGACUAGAUCUUUGUUGGCUCUAAAUAAGGAGAACCAGGGAUAUUACUUUGAGGUCCACCUUAUAGUGACAGAGCAUGCGAAGCAUUUCUUCGAUUCUGAGGAAUUGCCGCCCAACGUUGUUGUGUAUGACGAUAGUACCGAAUGGCAAGCUUGGAAGAAUCGAGGCGACCCUGUGGUGCACAUAGAACUGGGCAAAUGGGCCGAUUUGAUGGUCAUAGCGCCUCUAGAUGCCAACACUUUGGCGAAAAUGGCACAGGGGAUCUGUGACAAUCUCCUUACAUGUACAACACGAGCAUGGGAUAUGAAAAAGCCCCUCCUUCUCUGUCCAGCGAUGAACACUCGCAUGUGGGAACAUCCUAUCACAUCCAAACAUAUCGCUACUUUGAAGGAAUGGGGUCACAUUGAAGUGCCACCUAUCAGUAAAACGCUAAUGUGUGGUGAUAAAGGAAUGGGCGCAAUGGCUGAAGUUGAAACUAUUGUAAAGAAAAUUAAAAGCAUUUUUGAUGAGAAGGCCUAGAUUCUAAACUUGUAUGUAGUAUCGAAAAAGACAUAAGGCCUUACGAGAACAUGUUAAAACUGGUGUUAACUUGAAAUUUGCAAAAAUGUAGUUUAACAUACUAAGUAUUGUCACUCUUGUUUUCUCAUUCUUUUCAAAUGAGUCAUUGAACAUUGGUUAUUUCUUUUCAGUUACUCAAAUUGAUAUUAUAUUCAAUUUUGUAAUAAAGCUCUUCUAUGUUGUAUAAAGUUUAUAUAAGUACAGUCUACCACAAUAAGCGCUCCACAACCAGUUUAAAUGGGUGGGUAGACAUGAAGGCGCCUUGUGUCAACUUAGAAUAGAAAUGUAAAACUGCUGCUAUGGCAGUGUGUACUAUACUGUAUUGAAAUGUUCAACAUGUGAGAUAUUAUAUUAGUUUCUAAACAAUUUUUGUCAUGUUCAAAUGGCAUAAUUGAUUGCAAGAAUUUAUAAAUUAUAAUUGUGUAAAUAUAAUUUGAUAAGUACACAUUUGGCUGUAAUUGUUUCCUAUUAUUAGUAUAAAUACGCUAGACUAGUGUGGUGGCUUUAAAUGGGUCUGAUAAGUGACUCAAGUUGUAGAAA